AUGAUUCUACGGUAUUCAGGGCGCCUGGUGCGUCGCCUCAACCAACCUGUCAGCUCCUGGAACUUGGCACGUUCAGCUGGCCCGCAGAUCCGGUAUUGGGGGCCAAGUUGCACAAAUACCAAGAUUGUUAGCAGACUCCGGUUCUCGGCUCAGACUGGUGAUAAGAAAGAUGAUUUCUCCAAUGACAAUGCUGAGACCCAAAAAGGCCAAAAGGGGCCAAAGUCCUCUUCAGAACCCUCACUUCUGGCCAAGAUGUUGGAGUCUGCGGCUACAACGUUCGCAUCUAUCCUGGUUUUAGGUCUAGGCUUCGCUGGCGCAGGCUACAUCUAUCACAAGUUUUACAAGAUGCUCGUUCUUCAAAAGAUGAACCGUGCUUUUGAGCCCGGUGACCCUGUUCUUGAGCUGGCCGCGAUUGGCAAAGAUGUUCCGCAUCAACCCGGUGGUACAAGCGAACACUGGAUAUUCCGUCCUGAGCAGCAGCGGGUUGAUGAUAUUGUUAUGGGACGCGUCGCUGGGCACUACCACCUUUUGAUAGGCGAUAAGGGUUCUGGGAAGAGCAGCAUGCUCAUCGAUGCCAUGCACAAGAACGACGGCGAUGGUGUUGCCAUGUUUGAAGCACACGCUGACCUGGAGAUAUUUCGUAUCCGUCUAGGAAAGGCCCUCGACUAUGAGUUCCACGAGGAUUACAUUGGAGGAUACUUCAGUGAGAGGGGUCCCCGCGAGACAACAGCCCUGUUGGACAUUGAACGUGCCCUCAACAAGUUGGAAAAGGUAGCAAUGGCGAAGCGCAGAGAAAGGGGUAAGCCUCUGGUAGUGAUUGUUAACCAGAUGCACCUCCUUCGCCACAACGAUGACGGCCGAGAUGUCAUUGAGCUAUUGCAACAGCGGGCUGAACAGUGGGCUGCCGCCAACAUUGUCACCAUGGUCUUCAACUCGGACGAUUAUUGGGUUUACGAGCGCCUCAAGCAGCUAGCUACCAGGAUGGAGGUUCUCGCCGUUACCGAUUUACCUAAACAGCAAGCUAUAUCAGCUCUUCAGAGAUAUCGCCAAAGGUACUGGAAGGAGCAUAUUGAAGACAGCCUUCUCGAAGACGUCUACGAAAGGGUUGGCGGACGCCUGAGCUUCCUCAAUCGAGUAGCAAAGAGCAGUGAUAUGCUCGGAACCUGCGAAAAAAUCAAGGAGAUCGAGAAGAAGUGGUUUUUGAACCAGUGUUGGAUCCUCGGUAUGGAGAUGGACGACGAUGUCAUGGACCAACAGAAAUGGGCUGCUGCUGCUAUGACUUUGGCUAAGGCAUUGGUCGAUAAAGAAAACGAAGCAUCAGAUCAUGAGAACUAUGACCCUGUGUCCGGGCAUAUGCUUCCGACGUACCCUUUCCAUAUUGCUCAGCAGAUCAUGACGCGUUGUGAUUUCAUCCGGGACCUCGAUAGUCUCAACCUCUUCAGCAUUACCAGCGAGGCAGAUGUUCGAGCAAGCAGUGUACCAAUGCACCGAGCUUUUAGGGAAAUCUGUUCCGAGCCUGGCUUUGAUAAACAUCUGGAAGGCACAAUGCAGAGAAUCGCUGACAUCGAGAGUUUGGGCCGAACUCGCGAGCUUGUGGCGAAGGAUCUGGUACUUGGUGGCCAGUAUGAGAUCGAGCGCAACCGCCAGGGCAUCACAGUGAAGCUGAAGGAAGCAGAAAAAGAGGAGGAUGAUUGA